AUGGAAGAUAUCACGGAAACUACUAAAGAGGUGACUCAAGAAUUGAAACCUGAACAAGAGCCUCCACCAAAAAAACGUAAACGCACGCCUGAAAAAUCACCUCAAGAAAUAAAACCCAUGUCUACUCGCAAAAGAAUUUCAAGUUCACAAUCGACAACAUCUGGAAGCAAAACAACAUCAGGUGAACCUUGGACCACGCAAGAAGAUAGACUCCUAAUUGAUAGUAUGUUGGGCUUGAUUCCUUCAAUUCCUUGGGCAGAAUUCGCAGAAAAGUUUCCAAAUAGAAACGUUAAAAGUUUACAGAAUCGUUGGCAGUCUUUAAAAAAAAAGCUGCAUGGAUGA